GACAAUGGUCUCCAGUCAGAUCCAGGUCACAGCAAGCAGAACCAUUCUUUGGCACCGCACGGAUCGGUCCAGUCCAGUGAAGUCUGGUCCAGUCCAUCUGCCACGCGAGCCAGCUUCACAGACAGAGACAGGUGAAUAGUCGCACAGAGCUUACCUCUGAGCCCAGGGGAGCCUCUGUCACUGUGGUAUCGGCUCUCACAGCAGAUGGCGGCGCUGGCAUGAUGCUGAAAGACAGGUAAAGGAGACGUUUGCAGUGGAGAAACCGAACCUGAAGACCAUGAAGUUUCCAGAGCCUGCUAUUGUCACCUGCUGCCAUCCAACAAAGGCAGUAACCUCUUAAAUCACCAGCAGCCCCAUUAUCCUGCACAUUUCUGGCCUCAUUGCUGCCAUUCUGCUGUACCAGCACAUCUUCAAAUAUAAAAAUAUCUACCUGCUCAACAUUUGCCCCGUUGAAAAGCCUCCUCUUCAGCUCCUUCACAAAAACAAAGCCUCCAUUGUCAAAUGAUGCGGACGGACAACAAAGGCCGAAGUGCCUCCCCUCAUAGGAUAACCUACAAGUCUGACUUCCAUGCCAUCAAGUGUUCAUUUGACACCGGGUCCAGCCUACAGCAAGGGACCAAAACCGCUGCCGCUCGGUGCUCGUCUGUGCAUACAAACAGGCUGCCCUCCAGCCUGUCAGACCCCAUCAUGUCCCACGCCACCAGCAGCAGCCCGGGCAGCAGAGGGAGGGUCAACAGCAACAGGGGGACCAAGAUCAGAGAAAACAUCUUCCUCCAAAUGGACAGCCAUCAGCUGAGACAAGAUGGUGGUGCUGUGGUUCUGAGUUCUGGCUCCACGCCCCUCGUCUCUCCUAGCCCGCAGCCCCAAACCUCGCCUUUUCCAUCCGGACGUUCACUCAUGAGUUCCUCAUGUGUCCUGAGCACCGUGGCCAACAUUUCCACCCCAGAAUCCUCUCUGCAGGACAGACCUUCCCUGUCAGAUGAGAUAAGGGAUAUCGACAGAGCCGCCCUGGCUCAGAAGUUCUCUGUUACCCGGAGGUUGUUUGAGACCAAGGUGAUGGAGAUCGGAGGACCGUCGAAACAUGUGACUGUUAGGGGAAGCAAGGGGGUGGCAGAUGGGAAGGUAGAAGGAGAGGAUGGGGGAGGAGGAGGAGGCAAACAGGUGGAAAAAGAAGAAGAUGCGAGUAGGAAGAGGGAGGAUGGCUCUGAUGAAGACGAAUCCAUAAACCUAGCUGUCAUAAAUAUCUCCUCGCAGAAGCCCCCUGCUCCCACGUCACCGACAGGGCACCGUAACUCUCCUGGUCCUGUGGAAGCAUCCAACAAAUCUCCCUCCUAUCAUCUCAAACACGGUGAAACCACAGGAACAUGGGCAGAGGAAGAACGACCAGCAAGCACUGAUCUUGACCUCUGCUUGACCCCUGAGGAGCCAGUGAGGGCAGAACUUGUCGAUGUAAAUGCAGAUUCGUCAGAAAGCGACGGGAGCGAAGAGGAGAAGGAGCGAAAAAAGAUCAGAGUAUGGUUUAAAGUGGAGGAGGAAAUGUAUGUGAACGCAAUCGCCAGGAGUAGUGUGGAGGCCUUGGAGGAUGAUGUGUUUGAGGAGUCAGGAGGAGGAGCAGCAGGAGGAGGAAGGCCAGUUGUUCCUUCAGAAGAACACCAUAGGCAGGAAAGUGUAAGAAACAAGUAUCAGCAGGUGGAUGAACCACGGGAGGGUGAAAGGGAGGAGCAGAACGGAGAGUUCACUGCACGAGAAGAGGAGAAGUCAACAGAAAAGGGGGACAACACAGAGAAAAUGACAGAUACAGGAGUGGGAGAAGGGGCUGGAAGGAAAGAGAGGGAAGUUGACGAGGAAGUUGAGAGGAAGGGGAAUGAUGAACGUGUGCAAAGUCAACAGGAGGAGACGUCUGAAAAUGAGGAGAAAAGGCAGAGAGGAGAAGGUACAAUGUCUGAGCACGCCGAAGAGGAGGUGAAACAUGUGGUGUGUGGAGGAGGCAGUGAUGGAAACGAUGACAAAGAGGACAGGACAGGAUCUGCGGUAAUCUGUGGGAUUGAGAACAAGGCUUUUGUGUGUGAUCGUGAAUCCAAAUGUCCUCCAGAACAUUUAACAUCACCGGGACGGGACUUUGGAAACGCUGAGGAUCAGCGUUUAUCACAAUAUGAGGAAAUUCCUGGUGUUCCUGAUCAGGUUGAUGAGGAUUCAUCAGACGCGGUGAAGAGAAAGGUCAGGUUCUCCUCAGCACCAAUCAAGGUGUACAGCACCUACUCUAACGCAGACUACGACAGACACAAUGAGGAUAUUGACCCAGUGUCCGCCUCGGCCGAGUAUGAGCUGGAGAAGAGAGUGGACAGGAUGGACGUCUUUCCAGUGGAGAUAGAGAAAGGAGAUGAUGGUCUGGGUAUCAGUAUCAUAGGAAUGGGUGUAGGUGCCGACCAGGGACUGGAAAAACUUGGAAUCUUUGUCAAGACAGUAACUGAAAGAGGAGCAACGCAGAAGGACGGAAGGAUUCAAGUGAAUGACCAGAUCGUGCAGGUGGAUGGGGUGAGUUUGGUCGGAGUCUCCCAGCUGUUUGCAGCCACAGUCCUCAAAAACACAUCAGGCCUCGUCAAGUUUGUGAUUGGUCGUGAGAGAGAAGGCGUGCAGAGUGAGGUCGCACGACUCAUCAAUGAAAGCCUGGAAAUGGAUAAAACGUCCACAAAGCGGGAACGGGCAGGCGGAGACGAGGAUGAUGAUGAUGAUGCCAGCGUGUCAGAGAAGGACUGGGUGGCUGAAGAAGAAGAAGAGGAGGAAGAUGAUGAAGAGGAGGAUGUGUCUUUUCUUUCCAGUCUGGACAACUACCAGCUCUGCCUCAAAUAUCAGCAGCUACAGUCAAAUCUACGAAGCAAAACGACCAAACUUCACCACGCUAGAGAAAAGUUAAAGGCAUGGGAGGAGCGGCAGGCGUGUUGGGAGAGUCAGAAGGCUGAGCUGGAGCAGAGGGCAGAGGAUGGAGAGGAGAAGGCUGAAAAGCUAGAGAAGUAUUGGCAGGAGGCCCAGACACUGUGCAGGGUUGUGAGCCAGCGACUGGCCGAUGCCCAGAGCCAAUCAGAAAGCCUGGAGAUCAAAUACAGCAAAGCCAAGAGACUGGUCAGAGAAUACCAGCACAGAGAGAAGGAGAGUGAGGAGGAUUUGAGGGGAGAAAUGGAGGCGAGAGAAGAGCAACACAGAGACACUGUUGAAAGGCUGCAAAUCCAGAUAGCGCAGCUAGAGAAGAAAGAGCCUGGAGCUGAAAGAAAGAACAACUCUGAGGACUCUUCACUCUUAGGUCCACACUGGUAUAUUCCUGUCCCCGAUACAGUGCGUCUAGACUCCAGUGCUCAGAUAGCCAGAGCUCAGCUGGCCCAGAAAUCCAAGCGCCACCCGCCCUCACGAGACAAACUACGAGAGAGCUUUAGAAAACCGGAGGAUGAAGUCCAGAAACGACUCAAGAGACAGUCACUGUCUGCUCCCACAGUGGGACAAAGGAGCAGCAGAAGUGACAUGUCCAGUACGUCCUCGUUCUCGACCCUCAGUCCUCUUCCUCCCACCAGCUCCGUCUUCACCCCUCCCAUCUACAUCACAGACCCUGUCACUCCUUCGCCAUGCAAGUCCUCCGCUUCGAGAAAGUCGAAAAGGAAAUUUCCAGACUUCAGCGGCCUUCGCAAGUCUCUCAGCAAAAGGAGGAGUGAAAAACGCAGCAGGAGGUCCAUGAUCAACAGGGGGUCACGUGGUGACCUGGUGGAUGAGCCCCCUGAAGUGUCUCCGUCUGGUUCAAUCACCUCCAUGCCCUCCUGCUUGCCCUUUCCCUGGUUUGGUGAGAGAGGGAGGGAGAAGGGGGAGGAGGGGAGAGGCAGGGAGAGGCUUCGGUCUGUGUCCAGCAGCAGUUUGCCGUACCUGACCACCACAGGACGAAGAGAUCAGAGUAUUGGCUCUCCAGUGGGCAGCUCCAGCUUGGUGGGUCAUGCUUCUGAUCACUCCCUCUCUGGACACUCUUACACUUUCACCUUUUCCUCCACCGAGACGUUGGACGAUGACCCAGUUCCCACCAACAACAACAAUCAGUGGCAAAGUCAACCCCUCUUGGAGUGGAACAACCAGCAGGUCUGUCUGUGGUUAAUCGCCAUGAACAUGGAUCAGCACGUGUCCGAGUUCGCCACCAGAGGAGUGAACGGCUCACAGCUGCUCAAUAUGGACGCUGAGAAACUCAAGGCUCUGGGCGUGUGCAGUCGAAGUGACCGGUCCGCAAUGUUGAAAAAGCUCAAGGAGAUGAAGAAAAGGGAGGAGAAGGAACAGAGGAAAGAGGAUAAGAGGCUGAAGGAAAAAAGGGAGAAGGAGAAGGAGAAGAAUGCAGUUUUGGAAAAGGAGAGCGUGAGCACAACAAUGGAGGAGAAGUGUGUAAAGGACGUCGGGCGCAGUGGUAAAACUGUACGAACUGAGUCCCUCUUAUAAAGAAGGUGACGUUGGAUACGCCACCAGCAUGAGGGAGCGUUCGCAGUCUGACUCACAGAAAUGCAAUUAUCUGUUAGGUUUUCAUUUAGGGAACAAAGAUCUUCAGACUUUGACUCCGGCACCAAAGUUUCCUCUCACAGCAGUUAUUGAUCUUUUUAAUGUCACUUGUAAAGUGUGUGUGUUUGUGAUAAUUUUAGUGUUUUUUUUUUUCAUGAACUUUAAGUUAUCGUGUCUUUUUAAUAUUUAACAAUGUGCUUAUUUAAAGCACUCGGGUAUUUGCUGUAAAUGCUUUUUUAUGUUCUAAUAAAUAAUUCUUUUAACAUCC